AAAACAAAUUAAACUUCUAACUUGAUAAAGUGCAUAACAUCUAUCUUGAAAAUGUUUACUAAAUCAGCUUUUGAUUGUUGGUCCGAAGAAGCAAAAGAUCGCUCCAUUAUUACACUCUGUAAAAAGCUAGAUUCAUGUCUCGGAGGUGGCGUUGCUCCAAAAGUAAUUACCGAAUUUUGCGGUGCACCUGGUACUGGGAAAACUCAAAUGUGUUUACAAUUAUGUGUCAAUGUUCAGUUUCCUCACGAAGUCGGUGGAAUUGGUGGUCAAGCUCUGUUUAUUGAUACGAAUCAGGGAUUUAGUCCACAUCGGUUGCAAGAUAUUGCAUUCCACUGCACUGAAAGAUACCAGCAAAUUUAUAAGAAAUUCAGUAAAAAGCCAACUGUAUCUGUAGAAUUUAACAGUACAAACAUUUUGAACAACGUGUCUUACAUGUACUGCAAGGAUUACGUAGAGCUAUUGACGGCUGUAGAAAGCGUGAAAUGCAUCUUGGAAUCAAAUACAAAUGUGAAACUUCUGGUCAUCGAUUCUUUUUCGUUUUUGUUUAGAAGUUUUGAGGAUAAUACGAAUAGGACAAGGAUAAUUUAUGAGGUUCUUACGGAUCUUCAACAGAUGGCCGAUCAGUAUGAGUUAGCGAUAGUGAUUACAAAUGAGCUAACAACCAGGAUAGUCAAUGAUAUAGCUACAGUUUGUCCAGCUUUAGGAGAUAGUUUGGCACACAAGGUUGGACAGCGAAUAAUUUUAAGCAAGCAAAAAAACGAACAUAAUAUUGCUUUCUUGAUCAAAUGUUAUCACGUUCCUAAAAUUUGUAUUCCUUUCAAAAUCAAGGAGAGCGGAAUACGAGGAUUCGAUUAGAAAAAUGUUCUUGAAAGAAAAUUGUUGAAUUUAUCUGCUUGACGUUAUUUUUUAAUAUAAUAUAUGUAUGUCUAUA